ACACGGAAUCUGUGUGGGAGCAGUUGGUCGACUUGUCGCCGGUGAUGGUGCUCUCUGUGUUGAGGCGGUCGGCAACGAAGGCGAAUGCAGAGACGCGCCCCCCAGUGGAAAUUGUGGGGAGAUCAGAAAUAGAAGUAAAGCCAAGAUCACUGACCCUUCCUCUCUUUUACCGUUAAAAAUAGCAUGUAAUGGCAAUUACAGGCUGGAUCACUUGAAAACAAAGAAGGUUGCCAGGAGUGCUGUCUUUGUCAUAGUCAUUCAGGGACUCAAGCUGAGGGAGAUUCCAUCUUGAUACAAACUUCUACAAUUGGAAAAGAAAGAGUGUAGAAGCUUCUGAUAUGCUUAAAAUUUCUACUGAAAGUGGCUCAUUUUACUUUUGCAACAUGCGGCCAUACCUGUUGGCCUCAACGAGAGUAUAUGAUCUUCACACAGAGAGGGGCACCAGAUAUUGCUGAUUUUCUCAAAAUAUUUUGUGAGACUUCCAAAAAGCUGAUAAGUGUGGAAGACUUUGCUCUGGCUGCUGAAUAUUACUCUCUACAAAACAUGGGAAUAUGUACUUCUUUUGAACAGUUGCUUGUAGCCCUUCAAGGAAAUCAAAAAAAGAGAACUGGUGAAAAUGUGAAUCCAGAUGAAUUUAUGAACAUAAAAAAAUCUCAUGAAGUUCAGGCAAUGUCAGAGCUGAUCAGCAGUAUUACUGAUUUCUGUGGAAUAAAGCAGGUUAUUGACUUGGGAUCUGGGAAAGGCUACCUAAGCUCCUUUUUGUCCUUGAAGUAUGGCUUAAAAGUUUAUGGAAUUGAUUCCUCAAAUAUCAAUACACAUGGAGCUGAGGAGAGAAACAGGAAACUGAAGAAACAUUGGAGAGUCUGUCAUAGUCGGUCAAGAUUAGAUGUCAAUGGACUGGCAUUAAAAAUGGCAAAAGAAAGGGAAGUACAGGAUGAAAUUAAAUACAAAGUGGAUGUUGAGGGAGAGUUUAACAAUAGUCUCAUAAAUCAAGAGAAGAUAUCUACCUCAGAUUUUUUCGACCCCGUAAUUUCUAACAUCAGAAAACAGAUGGAAAACCUACAUGCUCAGCCACAGCAAGAAGAAAAAUUAGGUUUUGGAAAUGGCAUUUCUUUUAAAGUUCUUUUGCCUGUUAAUGCUUUACAGCCUACUUUUUCAUCCCAAAUACCAAUCAGAGAAAUUUCUGAAGAAAAUAAAAAGACAGGAAAAACAACAUCAAAGUCAAGUGAAUCAAAUAUAUAUUCACCCUUAACCUCUUUUAUCACUGCUGAUUCAGAACUACAUGAUAUUAUUCAAGAUCUAGAGGAUUGUUUGAUGGUAGGUCUCCAUACUUGUGGUGAUCUUGCUUCAAAUACUCUGCGAAUAUUUACUUCCAAGUCUGAAAUCAAGGGAGUUUGCAGUGUAGGUUGUUGCUACCAUCUCUUAUCUGAAGAGUUUGAAAAUCAACAUAAAGAAUAUGUUCAAGAAAAGCGGGGAUUUCCAAUGUGCCACUACUUAAAAGAAGAGAAAUGGUGCUGUGGUCGUAAUGCCAGAAUGUCAGCAUGUUUGGCAUUGGAACGGGUUGCAGUCGGCCAAGGGCUGCCAACUGAAUCACUGUUCUAUCGUGCUGUCCUUCAGGUUAUUAUUAAAGAGUAUUAUGGUGUCACCAAAUGUGAUCGGCAUGUUGGUAAAAUGUAUUCCAAGUCCUCUUCCUUUCUGGAUUAUGUCAGAAAGUCUCUAAAGAAGCUUGGAUUAGAUGAGUCCAAGGUGCCAGAAAAAAUUAUAAUGGACUACUAUGAGAAGUAUAAGCCUAGAAUGAAUGAGCUGGAAGCUUUUAAUAUGUUGAAAGUUGUUCUAGCUCCUUGUAUAGAAACAUUGAUUCUUCUGGAUCGACUUUGCUACCUGAAAGAGCAGGAAGACAUUGCUUGGUCUGCACUUGUGAAGUUGUUUGACCCUGUGAAAUCUCCCAGAUGCUAUGCUGUUAUUGCUCUGAAGAAGCAACAAUGAAUUCAAGUUGAAGCAAGAUGUUAGAUGUAUCCCAUCAAUAGGUGAAAUCUAUUGCUAAUAUUGCUUUUCUAAACAUUGAUGUCAUUAUGUAAAUAUUUGAAAGUCAUUCUAUAUAUUUUAAAUAAUAAAAUAAUGGCUAACAAUGUAAUGCCAAUCCAUUUUUCCAUUGUCAAAGAAUACAUUAAUAAAAUGAGAACCAAUAAAAAUACCAUAAAAGGGUUGGUCUGCUUUCCUGAAUUAGUACAUCAAUAGGGCAUUGUAAUGCGAGGCUUUUUCCUAUUCAAUAUUUGCUAUUUGCUACAUCACAUUUUGACUUUUAUAUGACUUAAAAACAAAAGAAGACCCUCAAUCUUAGGACUUGCCCUUGUGAAACUUAUUCCUGCAAAGGAGAAGCUAAGCCUACCUAUAAUUAUGCCUAAGAGUCACCCCCAGA